UCAUGUCCACGUAAAAGCGCUUCGAUUAAAUUUUUCGAGUCUGGCACUUCAGCCCAAUCUGGCCCAGCAUCCUCGGUUGAUGUCUGACCUGCAGGGCAGCAGAUACAGGUAUACCUAAAUAUACACAGGUACACAGCCAGCAUAGAGUGUGCAUGUGCAUGUGCCGUCAAUUUCGGAACGCUCUGUGCAGCUGCAGAUUCGCAUCGACAACUAACCUCAUCUUCGUUGUGCGACAGCCUCGGUCCUAGGGUGACUAUAUAUUAGGGUCGCACAUCCCGGAGCGCUAUAUAUAUAUAGUCUUUGUGGGAAAACAUACGUCUGAGGCCCAGCAGUACGCUCCGCGGCCAUGCAGCAUCAGCACGGCAACCCAGACGGAGGUGGCCCAGGAGACGCCGAGCUCGAACGGUGCGUGGGCCGGGGACGCGGUCGUGGUGCCCGGCCAGCCUCCAACGAGCAAUCCUUCCGACCCCAAGUUCAGCAGCCUCACGGAAAUUUGAGCGACAUCGUCAGAAACUCUGUUCUUUCUGCUGAUGCUGCUGAAUUUGUUCCAAAAGCAUUCACCCCUCCAUCCCAGAUGAGUACUGGAUUCGGGCCUAUAUCUUCUGUGCAAAAUCGUAUCCAACUAGCGCGCCAGGAUCAAAACGUUCAUCAAACUAUGAACAUUCAAAGAAACCAGAGCCACUGGCAGCAAUCUGGUUCUUCUCAAAACUACCAUCACCAUCAAUAUUCAGAUGCGGGGUAUCGGGGACAGUCCUAUCAACAGCACUACAACCAGUAUUCUAAUAAUCAAGAUUAUGGUCAAUAUGAUGGAGGUUCUGGAGACUACAUAGACAAACGUUUGGACACUGGACCUGUUGAUCUACCUACAUGUUUGAUACAAUUGGAAAGUGCAAUGAGAACUUUGACACUGAGUCCUGGAAAAUUCGACUCCUUGGUGGCCCAUUUGGUAGAUACUGUCAAUCCUUUUCUUGAUCAACCAAACCAAUGCGAACAAAUUUUUCAGAUGAUCAUUCAGCAGUCGCUCAAUGAAGGUAACUUUCGAUACAGUGGAGCACGGCUUUGCACUCACCUUGAUACAGUAGCACUAGCAGGAGAUAAGUCCACGUCAACAUUCAGAGAAACAUUACUUAACCAGUGUAAACAAAAAACAGAAGAGCAGGCUGAGACUUGGAAACAAAUAACAAAACACACUGAUGACGUUGAAAAAAAAUGUCAUGGAUUAAUAUUCUUUUUAGCUGAAUUGGUUACACAAAUGGAACCUACUCCAGCUUCAGAAUUAGGAAAACUCCUUAUUCGAUUGAUUAAUACUGUCUUACUAAAUCCAGCUCCUACAUCAGCUAAAAAUAUUUGUCAAGCUCUAAAGUUGGCUGGCCAAACUUUGGAAAGAGAUAACAGUGGAAAUCGAAACGAAAUGGAACAAGUUAUGCGCACAUUAUCGGAUCUAGUCAUACAAGGGAGGGUAGAUUCACACGUUGGGCGAAUGGUAACGAGCGUGAGUGAAUUAAGGAGUGGAAAUUGGGGUGUAAGUUUGUCUCAUACAUCGCGGGAUAUUGAAACUAAGCAACCGUCUAGCUCACAAGUAAGUGACGAGCCAGUAUUUUAUGGUCCUGAUGGCCAAGAAAUAACGGAAGAAGAAAGCAGGUUUCUUGAAGAAGGAAAUUUGGAAGAAGAGCUCGCAGGUCCUUGGGAAAAUGACGAAGAGGCAGAUAAGGUAGCAGAGGCUUAUGAAGAAUUUUUGAGAAUGUCUUUCAACAAUAACAAACAGAAUCAGAAAAAUGUACAGACAAACCACUAAAAGGAGUUUAAAAAUUACAUGAUUGAAGAAAUUUUUCUCGAUCGCUUAUAAUAGAAUUGAACUACUUUGUAUCUAAACCAAAUUUGCUUUACUUGUGUUAGAUUAUUUCUACCUUAUUUUUAUGUAAAUCAAGAUCAAUGAAAUCUAAUGUGUACAGAAAAACUACGAUUGAAAUAUUAUAGAUAAAUCACGUAAUAUAAUUUUAUCUUAGAGUAAGAUUUAAAGUUAUCUAUAUAAAACACGGAGAAUAAAGUAUA